AUGGGGAAUGAUUGUGAGGACGAGGAGACUCUCCGCGCAGCGGUGCCGCGGCCAGUAAUGACAGCGGCAGAGAAGAACUCUUCAAAAAGACAAGAAUUAACCCAGUCGACUCCAAAUACCAGGUUCAAAGAAACCAAGUCCGCCGCCAUGCUGCGCGGUGUGGUUGAAAUCGGGGACAGCAGAUGCGGCACCAAUGAUAGCAUGUGCCAGAAUCGUUCCAGCCCCUCAUACCCAAUAUCAAUACCCACCACCACCACCCGGAUCUACUAG